CCGAGCUGUUUAGCACUGUCCAAAUACGAUCUAUUACAAUUUGUGCAGAUUGUUUUACGUGUGGGUAAGUCCUGUAAGCGAAAACGAUUUAAGAUAUGCUGACAAUGUUUGGAGCUGAGACAAGUGCAUUCCACGUGUCCAUCGGCCUUUUUCUGCUCUUCUUGGUUCUUCUGUACUGGUACUCCACUUCCCCCUAUUCUGUCUUGCAGCGAUAUGGCAUCCCACACCCCAAGCCAGUUCCAUUCUUGGGAAACAUGAUGAUGUUUCGACAUUGUUCUUUCGAUGGUCAGAAGGCCCUGGUCAAGAAGUAUGGCCGUGUAUGCGGUUAUUACAUGUUCAGACGCCCACUGGUGGUGAUAGCUGACCCUGACAUGCUCAGACAUAUUAUGGUGAAGGAGUUUAAUAAGUUCCCAAACAGAAUGGUAAUUGAUAUGGCUGCAAAGCCGUUGUCAGACAGUCUCAUUAUGCUACAGGACGAACAGUGGAAACGAGUCCGCAGCAUCCUUACACCAACCUUCAGCGCAGCCAAGAUGAAAGAGAUGGUCCCUCUUAUCCAUGUAGCUACAGAAACACUACUGAACAACCUGCAGGCUUAUGCAGAGUCUGGAAAGAGCUUUAACAUCCACAGGUGUUUUGGCGCCUUCACUAUGGAUGUGAUUGCGAGUGUGGCGUUCGGCAUGAACGUGGACUCUCAGAACAACCCCAGUGACCCGUUUGUGUACCACGCCUCCAAGUUCUUUUCCGUAUCUUUUCUCCACCCCUUGGUAGUCCUCUUCAUGGCUUUCCCAUUCCUGGCUCGACCGAUGGGUGGUUUGAGAAGAAAUAGAGAAACCAGAGAGAUGAGCAACUUCUUCACUACUUGCGUUCAGAAACUAAUAAAGCAGAGGGAUGAGUUGCCAUCCAGUCAGAGAAGAAGGGACUUCCUGCAGCUAAUGCUGGAUGUGAGGAGCAGUAAGGAGUUUGCCUCCUUGGAUCAAUUCGAUGUAGUGAAUCAAGCAGAUGAGCAAGUUGUGGCAGACGGAAAUGAAGAAAGCUGCCACGAGCCGUCAAAACCCAGCAAGCAGAAAAGGAUGAUGACGGAGGAUGAGAUUAUAGGCCAGGCCUUCAUCUUCCUCGUUGCUGGCUAUGAGACAAGCAGUAACACUCUUGCAUUCAUCUGCUACCUGCUGGCCAUCCACCCAGAGUGUCAGAAGAAAGUACAGAAAGAGGUGGAUGACUUCUUUACCAGACACGACUCAGUAGAUUACAACAACAUUCAGGAGAUGAAGUAUUUAGACAUGGUGGUGUGUGAGACUCUGAGACUAUAUCCACCUGCAUUUAAACCUAUGCGCAAUGUUGAGCAUGAAUGUGUAGUGAAUGGACAGACACUGCCUAAAGGAGCUACAGUGGAGAUCGCAACAGGCUUUCUGCAUUCUGACCCUGAGUACUGGGACGAGCCGGAGAAAUUCAUACCUGAAAGGUUUACCCCUGAAGCCAAGGCCGGUCGACACCCUUUCGUCUACAUGCCAUUUGGAGCAGGGCCUCGCAGCUGUGUGGGCAUGAGAAUAGCCCAGCUGGAGAUUAGGAUGGCAUUGACCAACAUCUUUAAAAAAUUUAAUGUGGUAGCAUGUAAGGACACAGAGGUUCCUCUUACAUUGAAGUCAUAUUCCACACUCGGACCCAAGAAUGGCAUCUUUGUCCAAAUUACCAAGAGAGAGAAUUGAGGUGAUGCAUAAAAACUGUCCGAGUGAUUCCAGAGAGUCUGAUUUUAAGAGAAAGAUGAAGAAACCUUCUAGAACUAUGUAAUUAGUAAGGGAAUAGCAAAGAAAAGUACUGAUGGAAUUUUGUAAACAUACUUUGUAAAUUAAUUCAUCCACAUUAUAUAAAAUUUAAAUGCCAAAUUUCUUUUACAUUCAUUUCUGGUAAAUUUGAAAUUGCUUCCUUCAUUGUCAAACCCUCAAUAACAAACUGUUAUCAUGUUUGGAUUGAUACUGAGGAAAAACAGCAGAAGGAACAAAGGGUGGAAUUAAUCAGACUGAUGUUUAACAUAAAAAUGGUUUUUAAAAGGCUGGAGAUUGCACCAACAUUCCACUUGUGUAUUUAUGGGCAUAUUGUUGUAGAAAUUACCAUAAAUUACCCUGUGUGAUCUACUGUACAGUUGAUAUGUUCCUUCACUAUAUUUACAUUGUAUUCUAUAUACUGUAUGGAUGAAACAUGCUUUUGACAUACAGUACAGGGGGCACGUAGUACAUCAUACAUCCACAUUGGUUCUAUGUGUUUUGAUCAUAUCUGACUAAUACAUGUAACAUACUAUAAAUGUAAAUGGUUCUUGGGUAAUUUUUGUAAUCUUGGGACAUUUAUAUAUUCAUUUAUCAGAUUUCUGUAUGGGAAAACAAAAAGCUUCUUUUUUUAUUUUUUGUGCUCCUUUUUAGCUCAUUAUUCUUUUGGUAAAGCAAUUUGAAGAAUCUGCAGAUUGUUGUAGAAAUAUACAAGGUGACAAAAAAAUGGGAACUUCUUUACAAUCCAAUAAAACUAGAAGUGAUAAAAGAAAUAAAUUUUAUUCAUAGUAAUUGAAACCUAAAACUUGCCAUUUACGAAAAAUUGAUGGAAUUCAUUAUUUUUUAAAAAUUACAUCCUUUAGAUGGCAUCCUCCUGUAUGAAUACAUUCUUGAAAUCUGCUGUUGAGAUUCCUCAUUGACCGCUGCAACAUCUCAGCUGGGAUACUGUGAAUUUCAUCCCGAAUUCUCUGUUUUAACUCAUCCAAGGUUCUUGGUCGAGUCGUGUACACUUUACUCUUGAGGUAGCCCCACAAAAAAAAAAAAAAAUCACAAACGGAUAAAUCUGGCGAUCUACAUUAGGGGGCCAGGGAAUGUUACCAAAUCUUGAGAUCACACGGUUACUGAACAAUUCUCGCACAGCUUCCAUUGAUUGCCAUGCAGUGUGUGAUGUCGCUCCAUUACGCAUUUCAAAGAAACCCAUUAUUCUGUCACCUUGUAUAUCUUUCAUUAAAAUUGCAUUUGUUUCAAAAUUAUUAUUAUUAUUAUUAUAAUACACCACAAGAUGGUGGUGUAGCACAAGCUGUCUUUUGUGUGGCGUAUGGCUGUUCCAGGAGCUUCAAAGUGAUGACAUUGUUUCUAACUGGAAUUCUUUGUGUGUCCAUUCACUUUUAUCAAUUACAUUUUGCAUGUGUUUGAACUGUGGGAAGAAAGCGGAGUACCAAGAGGAACCAGAACAUGCACACUAAAUGCACACAGAUCUAACACUUUUUUUUCUGAACUUUUAACUAGAUUGUGCAAGGUUCAAUAAAUAUAACUCAAUAAAAUGACUAUUAUUAUUA